UUUAAUAAAGUCAUAUCAGUAGAGAAAUCUAAAGAAAGAUGUUUACAUUGAAUAAACAUAAAAUUCACGUUCUGUAUUCUCAAGUAUUUCCAGGACCCUAGGACUAGACGACUUUUGUACCUGGGUAGACAUCUGUUUCAAUAGGCAGAAUGUCCUCUCCAGAAGUAGAAAAAUUUGAGAUAACAGAGGAUGACCUUGCUAAUGAGUUUUACCCAAGAGGAGGGAGGCGGCAAACAAAAAAUCAGGCCAUCUAUGGAAUGUGGGCAAACAGUGAUGAUGAAGACACCCCAGGAUUUGGAAGGGGUAGAAGAAAGAAAAAGGACUACACUGCACCCAUAGGAUUUGUCAGUGGAGGAAUCAAACAGGGCUCAAAGAUCAAGAAAGAAGGGGAUGACGAUGACUCCUCUGAUUCAGACAAGGAUGAUAUCGUGGUACAGAUGCCUAAACCGUCUGCCGCAAAACCACCAACAAGUAGACCACAAGGGAGACAAGGGAAGCAGUUUGCUGGGUUCGGAAAAACUGAUGUUGGAUUUGGAGAGUGGGAAAGACACACCAGAGGUGUUGGCAAAAAGUUACUGGAAAAGAUGGGUUUCAAACCUGGAGAAGGAUUGGGAAAACAUGGCCAGGGUAUAACCACACCUGUGGAGGCAGUCAAGCGGAAGGGUAAAGCAGCUGUAGGGGCUUAUGGGACCGAGAGGUCAGAGAGGUCACUGGCUGAUUUCCCGGUCCACGAUUCGGAUGAGGAGGACGACAAGAAGUUCAAGGAGGAGCUCUCUCAGUGGAAAAAGAAACCAGAAGUAGGCAAGAAGAAGCCAAAAUAUGUCUAUAAAACAGCACAGGAAAUUAUUGAAUCAGGAGUGGGGAAAAAGAAGGCUGCACCCUCCAAAGCUUCAAAAGUCAAGGUCAUUGAUAUGACAGGAAAAGAAAAGAGAGUCUUUUCAGGAUACCAUGCCAUAGCCACAAGACACAACAGACCUGACGAAGAGGAAGACAUUAUGGAACCUGAGCCGGGUCAGAAGAAAGCUUUUGAGAUGCCGGAGUUGAUGCACAACCUGAACAUUUUGGUGGACAUGGCAGAGGAGGAUAUCAUCACCAAUGACAGGAAGUUACGAUAUGAGAAAGAUCACAUCAUCAACAUGAAGCAUGAGAAAGAGCGACUGGAUACCAUAUGCGAUCAAGAGGAGGCUCAGAUACAGAAACUGAAGAAAGUUCUGGACAUCGUGAGGAUGUGUGAGGAAAGAACACAGCCCGGGUGUGACAAUCCCAUGGAACUAGACGAGUGUGCAGCUAUAUUCAGGUCCCUGCAGAAUGAUUUCUACGAGGAGUAUGUCAUGUACGACCUCUCCUCUUUAGCCGUUGCAUUGGUGUUCCCAUUGAUGAGAAAGUAUUUCUCAUCUUGGGACCCUUUGAAGGACCCCAUCUAUGGACUACACACCAUUCAACAGUGGAAGUCCUUACUGGAGGACUAUAACAAUCAGUUUGCUGGAAACUCCACCGACAUGGAUGUGUUUCAGAGGCUCCUGUGGGAUGUCUGGCUGCCCUACCUCAGGACCACCAUUCUGAAAUGGAAUGUGCGGGCUUGUCAUCCUCUCAUAGAAGUGUUAGAAACAUGGCUUCCAGUCCUGCCUUCAUGGAUCAUGGAGAACAUCUUGGAUCAGCUGGUGUUGCCACGUUUACUACAGGAAGUGGAGAAUUGGAAUCCACUUACUGACACCAUGCCAAUCCAUUCCUGGCUGCAUCCAUGGCUGCCUCUGAUGAAAGACAAACUGGAGCCUCUUUAUGCCCCCAUACGUCACAAGAUAGCCAAUGCUCUCACAAACUGGCAUCCCUCUGAUGCCUCUGCCAAAGUCAUCCUACAGCCGUGGGUGAAGGUGUUCAAACCAGGUCAUUUGGAGGCUUUUCUGGUGAAAAACAUCCUCCCUAAGCUAGCAAUGUGUAUGCAGGAGUUUGUCAUCAAUCCACAUCAACAGAUAUUAGAUCCUUGGCACUGGGUAAUGGCGUGGUCAGAUAUCAUUCCCAUCAAGUACAUGGUGGACAUGCUGGAGAAGACAUUCUUUCCAAAAUGGCGGACUGUGUUGUGUACUUGGCUUAGUAACAUGCCUAAUUACGACGAGAUCACCAAGUGGUACCUAGGGUGGAAGUCAAUCUUCUCGGAAGAAUAUCUUUCCCAGCCAUCCAUCAGAGACAAUUUCAACAAAGCCCUGGAGAUAAUGAACCGUGCAGUGUCCAGUCAUAUACAGCCAGGUGUGAAGGAGAACAUGGCGUACUUCUCACAGAUGGAGCGGAGACAGAUGGUGGACUCAUCAGGUCUCCCCUCCACACGAUCCCCACCCAGACAGACUACUGGACCAGAGCCAACAUACACAAGAAGUGUUACAGCUGGCACCAAUUAUCAACCAACAUUCAAAGAUAUUAUUGAAAAAGCGGCUGAGGAAAAUGGUCUCCUAUUUAUGCCUAUUGCUGGGAAAACCCAAGAAGCUAAACAAGUGUAUCGCUAUGGAAAAGUUCAGAUUUAUUUGGACAGAAAUGUGAUUUUUGUGUUUGAGAAUCAGAUCUGGAUUCCAGUUUCAUUACAAAAUCUCAUCAUGAAGGCUAAGCCUUAACUCUUUCUUCUUAACACAUUAGCCAUCUUUCAUCAAAUCAUGUACAUAAAAUAUUAAACAUAUAAUAAA